AUUAUCAUUAAAGCAGAUGAACUCUGACACUGCCUUCGUGAAACUGAUUCAAUUGAUUUCGUUCUUGUUAGUCUCGACAUGCUGGUACGCCAACAAACCGUGUAUAACUUAUUCUGAAUUAGGAGAAACAGUUUUUAAAGGAAUUAUUCAUUAUUGAAGUGAGAUGAAGAGUGUUAUUUGUUCUUUCAUAUUAUUGUUUUGUAUGGUAAAUGCAGAUGUUACAGUCAACAAUGAAUUAUACCCGAAUCAAACGCUCAAAACGGAGAAGAAGCUAAGCGAAACUAUAAGGACUAUUAUAAAUCACUACAAACAACCCGAUCCUUUGGGUAUUCCAGGAGCCCCUAUUCCAGAUCCAAUGCCUAUACCCGACAUGCGGAAAUCAUUUUCGGUGGGAACUAUGUAUUUCAAAAAUAUGCAGCUUACCGGUCUCAAAAAAUUUAGAAUUGAACAUGUUCUUGCUGAUAUUACUAAAAUGAAGGUGAAUGCUACGUUGUCGAUAGAUGUUUUAGUAACUAGAGGAAAUUAUACUCUUCGUUCGUUAUUUUCAAGAGGAGCUGGACCUUUUUCGGUAACUUUAACCAAAGUGGUGGUUACGGCUGUAGCCAAAAUGGAAAUAUUACCAGAUGGAUCGCUAGAAGCUCAAGAUAUGGAUAUGGAUUUGAAGAUAGGAGGUAUAGAACUAGAUUUUAAAGGAAUGGGAUUACUCCAAGGUGUUGUGAAUUCAGUAGGAACAUUUGUUUUUGAUUCAAUAAAACCGUUUGUCUUACGAGAAGCCAAUACCAACAUGAGAAAUGACAUGAAUAAAGAAAUUAAAAAAUUAGGGAAAACAUUUCCCAAUUCAAUUUCACCAUUUGAUCAUUUGGUUUACGAGUUAAGAAGAAAAGUUAGAGAUGGAGGCUUCGAUCCAUAUUUAGUACCUGAUUAUAAUAAUAGCGUUGGUAUUUUCGAUAUAUACCUUACCAACACUUGGUUGCAUGGAUUGGCAUCUUUUCACAGGGUGAAAGAUAUCAAGUUCGAAAUGAAAAAUAAAACUGUUCACGUGCUUCUGGAAGUAGGCACUGGUCAAUUACUUGGUACUAGUAACUGGGAGCUAUCUUUGGUGACCGGAUUGCUGUCUAAAGAAGGAACUGUUUCAUUUUCCGUUGAAUAUAUUAAGGUUCUUAUCAACGCUAGUCAGAGCAUGGACAUUUCUCACCCCCCAUCAUUAGAUGAUAUCCAAUUAGAAUUAGGUAAUAUACAGAUUAGAUUUGAUGGACUUGGUACUGUAGAUUAUCUAAUUGAAUUCGGAGUGAAUGUUAUUCCAAAUCUGUUAAGGUAUCAAAUAAUGGACGCCAUAGAGAAACCGAUUAUAUUUAAAAUUCAGGAAGCUCUUAACCAAGUGAAUGUUGAGGAGAUGAUUAUUGAAAAUGCAGAGCAGCUCGAUAGCGGUAAAGGAUUAGAAGACAUGGAGCUUAUUUUAGGAUAAAAAUUUUGUUAUUGUGGGUAUUAAUAAAAUGAGUCAAUUAAAAUAAA